AUGUCCCCAACAUCUAUCCUCGACCUCCCUGCCGAGAUCCUGAGUCAGAUUCUGCACCAAAUUCUAUUCUACACGACUCCCAACCACCGAACCUUCCGAGAACCUGGCGUCAACACCACUGCUCUUCUUCUCACCUGUCGGCAGUUUUACCGCCUUAUUCUCCCCGUCCAUUACCGCGAGCUGGAAUUCUCCCACCUCUACAGACAGAAAGCGAGCUGCCUACUGCGCUCUCUCUUGUCUAAUUCGAGGCUGCUCCAGCUCGUCCGAUCGCUCAAAGUGGUCCUCCAGCGGAGCUGGAUGCAUGAUUGUCUUGCAAUCGAGGACUAUACCGCUGCGGCCGAGGUGCUGCGUCUCUUUCGGGGGGUCCGGGUCCACACACUAGAAAUCUGCGGCGAGGCGUUAUUCUCCCCGGAGGACUGGGAACGCCUCCAGGAUAAUGUGGCUCUGCAACGGCCAUCGGCCGACCACGUGAUCGACUUCAGUAUCGCAUUCGACGAUCUCAUCGAGGUCGGAACCCCAGAGACAGCCACUAAAUUCAAAGAGUUCUACGCCUGGCUACAGGCCCACCCCCACGCCCUCCGGCGUAUGGUCUUCGGUGAUAUCAUAUUCCACGAGCUGGGCCUAGGAGAGUUCCGGGCCACCGCGUUCCCCAAUCUGCACACAAUCGUCUGCCCAACCCAUUACGUGUUGUCCGUGCCCAACCCCCGCGUUUACUGGCCUACCGCCACGGUGCAUGACCAGCUCCUGGGCCCGGCUGUGCAGACAUUUGUCUGGGAUCUCACCAGCUACCAGCAGCAGCACGGAGCGGGCUUGUGGGACUUCGAUGAGAAAGACGAGCAAUGGUUAUUAGCGUUGGCCGAGGGCGCCGCCGCGGAUCAAGGCACGGCGCUAAAAACAAUUCAGAUUGACUUCUCCCCGGAAACGGAUCGAACAGGUGGUAUGAGCCCCGAGGAGUAUCCGUGGGACCGCAUCGAGCGGUUGCAGCAGGCGAUUUGCGCGCUGGGGAUCGAGUUGGAGUAUAGCACUCCAGUCCUCACGCGCGAAUAG